AUGCCUCCCAAGCGGAAGAAGGGUGGGGCGCGCGGGAAAAAGGGGAAGCAGAAGCCGUUCGUAGACCCAGAUGAGGGGUAUCGUUGUGCCCUGGACGAGCGAUACUACAUUCCCAAGCACACUCGCGCCAACAUCAACCAGAGCUACCUGCGGAAGAUCCUCCUCGCGAUCAGGUCCUUCACGUUGGCGCAGCCGCCACUGGAGCUAGAGACGCUGGCCUUACGUGAGGAGGCGGUGGAGGGGGAGAUUGCAGUGUGUGUGCCUCUGCACGUGCUGCCGCAUAUUGUGCGCGCGCUUGGGUUCAAUCCCAGCGAGGAACAGAUGCGGCAGCUUGCGUGGAUCGUCUUGUAUCAUGGGAAGCAGCCACAGCUGCAUGUGCCAGAGUCGGACGCUGGCACCGUGGUGUCCUCGCAAGAAGCCGGGCCGCAGGACGCAGAGGCAGGGACGGAGACGCAUGUCAAGGUGAAACUAGAAGACAUGCUGGGGAACCCUCUCGAUGAAACGUUGGCGUGGGCCACCAGACAAGGGAAGCAGCUGAUGGUGGAUCGCGGCAAGCUUGAGGCAGUGCUGCUGGAUAUCAUGCACACGGGGCUGCUUGUUUUUGAUCCAGCGAGGUGUAUGCAGGGUGAGGCAGUCGGGCCCGCUCACGAACGCGUCGUUUCCGUUGUGGACCGUGUUAAUCCGGAGGUUGUGGACGACGUGUUUGAUGCAUUUUGGACUUCCUCCCUUCGCCACAAGUGCAAGGACGGGGUGCGCUACAUCUAUGUCAACGACCUGGAGCGUCUGAUGACCACCGCCAACGUGGCUGCAGAACACAGCGAGUUGCCCUUGACGCCGGAGGAACUGCGGACCUUCCUUUUUUUUGUUAACGAAACUGGGUCUGACAUAAUACGCGAGGACGCCUUUGCACUGAUGGCGCUCUGA